AUGGUGCAGGCCUGGUACCUGGACGACUCCGCCGCCGACCCCCGCCGCCCAAACCGCGCCGAGCCCGCCCGCCCGGUGGGCCUGGAGCAGCUGCGCCGCCUCGGGAUCCUGUACUGGAAGCUGGAUCCUGACAGACACGAGAGUGACCCCGAGCUGGAGAAGAUCCGGAAGGAGAGACACUACUCCUGGAUGGACAUCGUCACCCUCAGCAGAGAGGAGCUGCCCGACUACGAGGAGAAGGCAAGGCUCUGCUGUUCGGAGGGACGCGGUCGGCUCCCUCCCACCCGGAGUUCUAACCAUUUUUAUCGUCAGGUCUUAAAACUUUUAGCUUAG